CGGGAGGGGAAAUGGGCGGGGCCUGACCCACAUCGGGUCACGUGAUGCGGCGCACAGGCUGCCAAUAUGGCGGUGUGCAUCGCUGUGAUCGCCAAGGAGAAUUACCCUCUGUACAUCCGAAGCACUCCCACAGAGAAUGAGCUCAAGUUCCACUACAUGGUGCACACGUCCCUGGAUGUGGUAGAUGAGAAGAUCUCUGCCAUGGGAAAAGCACUGGUGGACCAGAGGGAGCUGUACCUGGGCCUGCUCUACCCAACUGAGGACUACAAGGUAUAUGGCUAUGUGACCAAUUCCAAGGUGAAAUUUGUCAUGGUGGUGGAUUCCUCCAAUACAGCUCUUCGGGACAAUGAGAUCCGCAGUAUGUUCCGGAAGCUGCAUAACUCUUACACAGAUGUGAUGUGUAACCCCUUCUACAACCCAGGAGACCGAAUCCAGUCCAGGGCCUUUGAUACCAUGGUAACUUCGAUGAUGGUCCAGGUGUGCUGAGCGGGAACCUCUGCCCCAGUCAUUUGGAAGAGAAGCCCAUGUUCACCCUUGUUGGAUGAUACUUAUUUAUUCCCUUUCUUCUCCCUGAGUGUAACCUGCAGGCAGGGCUGUGUGCCCUGUGCCUUUCUACUAAAGGCCUCACAAGAUAAGA